AUGUCGAAUAAACUAAGACAAGAAGUCCUCCAGACCUUCAAAUCACUACACCAAACCAGAAAAACCGUUUUCAAAAACGACAAUCGCGCUCUCGCUGAGGGCAGAACCAAAAUAAACCAAGAAUUCAAAAAGCAAAAACACGUCGAAAAUGAAGCAGCCAUCCAGGAACUCCUAAACUAUGCCAGAGCGGUUGAGCACGAACUCAAAACUUGUGUUAUACAAGCUCAGGAAGUUGCCCCUGGGAAAUAUCAGGCUGAAAUUACUAAAGAUACGAUUAAACUUGAUAAUGUUGCUUUUAAAGAAGAAUGUUGCAUGGAGGUUGGCAAUAAAAGGACUCAACAGUGUGGGCCAAGGGGAUGUACCUAA